AUGUCUACAUCCUCUGGAGAGGUCUGCUAUGCGAUAAAGGAGACUCUAUUGCAUCAGUACAUAUCCCUCCCUGCCGGACAUCGCAUUCAAGAAACAAUAAAUGGUUUCGAACGGAGGGGGUUUCCCCAGUGUGCUGGAGCCAUUGAUGGCACACACCUUCCCAUCAUUGCUCCCUGCGACAGUCCCGCCGAUUAUCACAAUAGGAAAGGUUGGCACUCAAUCAUUCUCCAGGCGAUAGUGGACCACAAUUACUGUUUCACAGACAUUAAUAUUGGGUGGCCAGGGCGGACUCACGAUGCGAGGGUGUUGGCGAACUCUGAUUUUUUCCACAGAGCGGAGAAUGAUGGCCAGUUGUUUCCAGAAGAGCAUAACCGAAUAAUUGAUGGAGUGGAAGUACCUGUAGUGAUCAUCGGGGAUCCGGCCUACCCCCUCAAACGAUGGCUAAUGAAAGCGUUCCCCAACACCGGGCAUUUGACCAGGGACCAGCACAAUUUCAACUUCAGGCUGAGCUCAGCGAGGAUGGUCGUUGAAAAUGCCUUCGGGCGCCUGAAGGGGAGAUGGAGGCGCCUUCUCAAGCGGAAUGAUGUCGAUACUGCCUUCGCGUCAGAGGUAGCAGCGGUAUGUUGUGUGCUUCACAACAUAUGUGAAGUUUACAGGGAACAUUAUUACCCUGAAUGGGAUGUCCGACGAGAAGAGAGACGAGUGCACCAGCCAGUGAUUAAUAACCCUGUACGUAGACAAGGCCGUGAUGCUGAGGCAAGAGCCAUUCGGGAAGCUAUCAUGAAUUUUUUGAGGGCUUAA